GGUUCUUCUUUCAGCUUGUGUGUAUGUGUGCGUCAAACCUUUCUAUGCUUUCGUUUCCUUUGAGGUCAUACAGAAACAACACUUUUCUCAACUCUUGACAACACGGUUCCUCUUGUCAACUCCGCUUCUGAAUAUAAAACAUAACCAGGGCUCCUUGGACACAGUGCAGGCAUCAUGAAGAUAGCUUCCUUCAACAUCCAGAAGUUGGGCUUGAAUAAAGUGGGCAAUAAGGAUGUCCUGUCCUACAUCAUCAAGAUUGUGUCUCGUUACAGUGUCAUCCUAAUCUUGGAGGUUGUGGACAGGUCCGGCGAGGCCAUGACGACCUUCCUGCAGGAGCUCAACAACACAAAGGCUAACAGGAAGCACCCCUACACCAUGAACCAGAGCAGCAGGUUAGGCCGAGACUCCUACAAAGAGCAGUUUGUGUUCCUCUACAGAGAGGACCAGGUGAGGCUGACUGACAGCUACCAGUAUGAAGACGACCAGGCUGGGGACGAGGAUGCAUUUGCGAGGGAACCCUACAUCUUGCGCUUCACCUGUCUCAGCACAGUCCUCAGUGACCUGGUGCUGAUCCCGGUGCAUACCCGGCCUACGGACUCUCAGAAGGAGUUGGAUGAGCUGUACGAUGUGGUCGAGGUGGUCAGGAAGAAGUGGAAGACUGAUAACAUCAUGAUACUGGGAGAUUUCAACGCAGACGGUCGCUAUGUCUCCAGGUCGGGCAUGAGGGACAUCAAGAUCCACUCUGACCGCAGUUAUCAUUGGCUGAUAGCAGAUGAUGUGGAUACAACAACCAGCACAGCCAAUGAUCACACCUACGACAGGAUUGUGGUGUAUGGAAACAAUAUGAUGGCGGCCAUUGUUCCUAACUCAGCUAAGCCCUUCAACUACCAGCAAGAAUUCCAUCUUUCUACAGAUAUUGCUCUCAGUAUCAGUGACCACUACCCUGUUGAGGUUGAGCUGAAGAAGAAGAAGAGAAGACGAAAAGAGCCCGAACACCUUAGAGAAAGAAAACAGACUAAGAGGACUAAAAGUUACCAAAAGCCAAAAUCUUAACCCAUCAGCUGUAAAAAGGUAUCAUGGUUGUUUUUCUGAAUAAAGCUGACAAACCUUCUCUGCC